AUGCAGCGCCUGAGAAACUUCAACUCCCUCAGUAAAGAAAAUGUGUAUGAGAACAACAAAUUGGCAUUUCGAGUGGCAGAGGAGGAGCUGGGGAUCCCGGCCUUGCUGGAUGCAGAGGAUAUGGUUGCUCUCAGGGUACCAGACAGGCUGAGCAUCCUCACCUAUGUUUCCCAGUAUUAUAACUACUUCCAUGGACGGUCUCCUAUUGGAGGCAUGGCUGGAGUCAAGCGUCCUUCCUCCGAACCUCAGGAGCAGCCUCUUGGGAAGAAAGUUGUUUCAGAGCCUCCUAAGCCAGUGCCUCCAAAACUACCUCCUGCCCACCCACCAGCCAGAGCUAAGCCUAAAGAAACCUCCCUGGUAAGAAAUGAGAGAGGGGUCCUGGCAGAGAGCGGGAAUAUCCCUAGCAGCAGCUGCGGGAUCUGCGGGAACCAUGUGCACCUGGUGCAGCGCUACUUGGUGGACGGGAAGCUCUAUCACAGGAACUGCUUCAGGUGCAGGCAGUGUUGGAACGUGCUUCUUCCUGGAAGCUACAAAGCUGGGCCUGAGCCCGGUACGUUCAUCUGUACCAGCCACCAGCAGGCAGACAAUGUCCAGAUCUCUGGUCUCCACAGCACCGGGAACAAACCUGAGAGCACCCCAGCCCCUACUGCUGCCAGGGUGUUCCAGAAAGCAGCAGAACCCAAGAAACUGGAGCAGGUGUUGAAGAAACCCAGCCAGGAGGGCCUUACUAAUUCAACCAAGCCAUCUGUUUCGUCUUUUGGAAACUCUGCCUUUAAAAGUGUAAAUACUCCAUGGUCCUCUUCAGCUGUAAAUAAAUCAGAUGACUGCAAAGGUACCUCAUUGGGAAAAAAAACAGAUCACCAUGAAGGUGCCCCAUCAAGGCCAAUUUGGACAACCUCCACAACAAAAACACAGCAAGCCCGAGAAAACUUUUUUCAGUCAUUAGAGUCCUCCAGCAAUAAAACCUCUGAUGCUAAAAAGCAAGUCCCUUCUUCUCAUGGCCCUGGUAAAACUGCCUCAGCCAGAACCACUACUGAGGUCAGUCCAGUGAAUGCUGAGAAGGAUCAGGCACGUAACCAUAUUAUUCAGGCUCUGGCUGGAUCAAACAUCUCUCCAAACAGGCCAGGAGGACUCAGUUCCACUGGCUCCNUUUCUCCCACCAGUUCUCGGUGGCAGAGUCCAGCUUCAAAAGCGCAGUCCAGCAAAACAGCGUACACAGCACAAAAACAGGAAAAGAUUACAGACCCUGUGCCCAAGAACCAGGCUGCCAGCAAACCUGUUGACUCUAUGCGCAAGCCAGAGUCGAAGGACAUCAAAGGAAGCACGAAUGUUGGUGAAGAUAAGUCUGAGAGCCCAGCAGAGUGGAGAUCUCUGUUGAAGCCUGUAGCCAACAAAGACCAAGGUGGCUCUAAGAAACCUACUGAUAACUCCCAGGUGGGAACAGGGAGCCCAGCACACAAGGAGACAAAGCCAAGUCCAUUAGUUGUCCCAUCAGCAAAGCAGGACUCUGCUUCGUCUGGUGGAUUCACGAAGAAGAAGUUGAUCCCCAGCUCGGAUCUUAUCAGGAGCUUCCAGAAUUCAAAGCAAAGCUGGGAAGACCCUGGGGGCUCUGCUGAGAAGGAGGAAGAGGGCAAACAGUUGAAGAAAAACACUAUCACAUUUAAACCCUUGAUUCCAAAAAGCAUCCAGAGCACUGAAGCAGUGUCCCCAACCAAGCUGCACCCAGACUACCUCCCGGAGGAGGAAAUCCAGAAGAAGGUGCGAGACAUCGAGAAGCAGCUGGAUGAGCUGGAAUUGAAAGGAGUGGAUCUGGAGAAGCAGCUGCGUGGCUGUGAGGGAGACGAGUCAGAGGAUGCCCUCAUGGUGGAUUGGUUCAAACUGAUCCAUGAGAAACAACUGCUGCUCAGACAGGAAUCGGAGCUGAUGUACAAGAUGAAACAGCAGGAGCUGGAGGAGCAGCAGUGGAACAUAGAGACAGAGCUGCGACACCUCCUGAGCAAGCCAGAGGAAUUGAAGACACCAAGGGAGAAGGAGCGAGAGAAGGAGCUGCUGGAGUCGUACGUGAACACAGUCAAUGAUCGGAACAGUAUUGUGGAGUGCCUGGAUGAGGACAGACUCAGAGAACUAGAGGAGGACAAGGUGUUGGCAGACAUGAUCCAGAGGUUGGAUGGAUCUCUUGAGCCAGAGGAGCCAGAGAAGAAGAACAAGUUCCGCUUGCCCAGAAUAUGGAAGCAGAAAAGUAAGA